AUGAAAAGAAACCAAACUUCCCUCUCUGAGUUUAUCCUUCUGGGUCUGCCUAUCCAGUCCAAGUAUGAAAUCCUGUUCUACAUCCUGUUCCUCACCAUGUAUCUCACAACCAUCCUGGGGAACCUCCUCAUCAUCAUCCUCAUAAAACUGGACUCCCAUCUCCGCACACCCAUGUAUUCUUUUCUCAGCAACUUGUCCUUCUCUGACCUCUGCUUUUCCUCUGUCACAAUGCCCAAGUUGCUGAAGAACAUGCAGAGCCAAGUCCCAUCCAUCCCUUACGCAGGUUGCUUGGCCCAAAUGUAUUUCUUCCUGUUUUUUGCAGAUCUGGAGAGCUUUCUGCUUGUGGUCAUGGCCUAUGACCGCUAUGUGGCCAUCUGCUUCCCCCUCCACUAUGGUAGCAUCAUGAGCCCCAAGCUCUGUGUGUGCCUGGUGGCACUAUCGUGGGGGCUGACUAUGUUCCAUGCUCUGUUGCACACUCUGCUUGUGGCCAGACUGUCUUUCUGUGGGCACAACACAAUCCAUCACUUUUUCUGUGAGAUAUCAGCUCUACUGAAGCUGGCCUGCUCUGACACUCAUGUUAAUCAGUUAGUGAUAUUUAUCAUGGGAGGGCUAGUUAUCGUCAUUCCAUUCCUCCUCAUUAUUGUUUCCUAUGCACAAAUCGUGCACUCCAUCCUCAAGGUUCCUUCUGCACAAGGUAUCCAUAAGGCCUUCUCCACCUGUGGCUCUCACCUCUCUGUGGUGUCGCUGUUCUAUGGAGCGAUCAUUGGUCUCUACUUAUGUCCAUCAGCCAAUAAUUCCACUGUGAAGGACACCGUCAUGGCUCUGAUGUACACGGUGGUGGCUCCCAUGUUGAACCCCUUCAUCUACAGCCUGAGGAACAGAGACAUGAAGGGAGCCCUGGGAAGAAUCAUUUGUAAGAAGAAAAUUUUCUUCUAA